AUGGCUGACGGUGAGGAAAUUCAACCUCUUGUCUGUGAUAAUGGCACUGGAAUGGUUAAGGCAGGUUUUGCUGGAGAUGAUGCUCCAAGAGCAGUCUUCCCCAGUAUUGUUGGCCGGCCUAGGCAUACAGGUGUUAUGGUUGGAAUGGGGCAGAAAGAUGCUUAUGUUGGGGAUGAGGCCCAAUCAAAAAGAGGUAUUCUCACGUUAAAGUACCCUAUCGAACAUGGGAUUGUUAGCAACUGGGAUGAUAUGGAAAAGAUUUGGCAUCACACUUUCUACAAUGAGCUUCGUGUGUCUCCUGAAGAACAUCCUGUUCUCCUUACUGAAGCUCCUCUGAACCCUAAGGCCAACAGGGAAAAAAUGACUCAGAUUAUGUUCGAAACCUUUAAUGUCCCUGCCAUGUAUGUUGCCAUCCAAGCAGUGCUCUCCCUCUAUGCUAGUGGACGUACUACAGGUAUUGUGCUGGAUUCUGGUGACGGAGUUAGUCACACAGUUCCCAUCUAUGAAGGUUAUGCACUUCCUCAUGCCAUUCUUAGGCUUGAUCUUGCUGGAAGGGAUUUAACAGAUGCCUUGAUGAAGAUUCUUACGGAGAGAGGAUACUCAUUCACCACAACUGCUGAACGGGAAAUUGUCAGAGACAUUAAGGAGAAGCUUGCAUAUGUGGCCCUUGAUUAUGAGCAGGAGCUUGAAACUGCUAAAAGUAGCUCUUCAAUUGAGAAGAGCUAUGAACUACCUGAUGGCCAGGUUAUCACCAUCGGUGCAGAGCGAUUCCGUUGCCCUGAGGUCCUAUUUCAACCAUCACUCAUUGGGAUGGAAGCACCUGGAAUUCAUGAAACCACUUAUAAUUCGAUCAUGAAGUGUGAUGUUGAUAUCAGGAAAGACUUGUAUGGUAACAUAGUGCUCAGUGGUGGAUCCACCAUGUUUCCAGGAAUAGCUGAUCGAAUGAGCAAGGAGAUCACAGCUCUUGCUCCAAGUAGCAUGAAAAUCAAGGUGGUUGCACCUCCUGAGAGAAAAUACAGUGUUUGGAUUGGAGGGUCUAUACUGGCAUCCCUCAGCACUUUCCAACAGAUGUGGAUAUCAAAGGCAGAGUAUGAUGAAUCAGGACCCUCCAUUCGGAGGUACUCUAAACUAGCGUCUUUUGAAGAAUGGUUUGACGAGGCUCGAGGGUCGACGAAGGGGGAGGGAAAGAUAGAGAAUAUAAUGGUUUGUGUGAAUAUGGCAAGGCCUGAUCUUGUAGAGGUGAAGAAGAUUUUGCAAAAAUUCCUUCUUCAUGAUCAAAUGGAAAUUUUAUUGCUGAUUAACGGGGGCCACGAAAGAUUGAUACAAGUCCAGGCAGGAUCAAUAUCAACCCUGGCAGAGUCUGAGGAAAUUCGGCCUGUUGUUUGUGAUAAUGACAGUGGAAUGGUUACGGCAGGUUUUGCUGGAGAUGAAGCUCCAAUGGCCAUUUUCCCAGCAUGCAACUGGGAUGACAUGGAAAAGAUUUGGGAUCAAACUUUCUACAAUGAGAUUCGUGUGGCUCCUGAAGAACAUCCUGUGCUCCUGACUGAAGCUCCCUUGAACGGCUGA